GCCAUCCUCUGAUCUCUGACCUACCUUUCCUUCAGAAACGUUAAUGUGCGCAAUUAUUGCAACAAUGCCCAUCAUUUUAAGCAUAUGCAUUCUAAUCCCAGCUUUGUACCUGAUAUAUAAACCACCUCUAUUUUUAAUACAAUAUUUUCAGCGUCGAUGGCCCGAUGUUCUCUGGCAGGUUUCGACCUCAUCAAAAACCAUUGCACUCACGAUUGAUGAUAGCCCUACUAGCAAUACCAACGAAAUUAUGGAAAUACUGAAAACUAAUCAGUCUACUGCAACAUUUUUUAUUAUUGGGUCAUAUGUCACAGGACAUGAGACAACACUCCAGAACUUAAUCAACGAUGGGAAUGAGCUGGGGAACCAUGCAAUGUUUAAUAAAUCUUCGCGAUCAUUAAGCGAUGCUACUCUCAUCUAUCAAAUUCAGUCAGUGGAGGAAAUUAUUAAUAGGGCAUACGCUGCUGUUCAUAUCGAAUCUCCACCAAAAUAUUUCCGACCAGGCUCAGGCUUUUUCAGCACACGAAUGCGCAAAGUGUUGGAUAAAUUAGGAUACCGACUAGUGCUUGGGAGCAUUUAUCCAUAUGAUCCUCAGAUUCCCUUUUGGCGAAUCAACGCGAGCUACAUUCUGAACAUCUUGCGGCCUGGGGCUAUUGUUGUUUGCCAUGAUAAAAAUUGGACCAUUCCAAUGCUUAGGGAGGUUCUCCCUAAGAUUCAGCAAAAGGGGUAUCGGAUAGUGACUGUCACAGAAUUGCUCAAAGAAUCUAGUAAUUGAAGCUAUUGAUGGAACCAUCAUAUUACAGACCAUGGUAGUGUUUCUAACAAUAAAAAUUGUGAUGGAG